AGUCGCCGACGGGCUGUGCUGACGGCGGGUCGCCCCUCCCUCCCUCCCAACCCUCCCUUCUCUCUCCCGGCCGAAUUGGACACAGUGCAAGAUGACGAUCACGGAAGGCCUGGUGCCACUACUGCUUCUGCUGGUCUCCCCACUGGUUGACGCCGAGUUCCCGGGGACAAUUUUCCCCAGUGGAGCGGGCAGACAGUUCGGCGCCCGUCUCAUACCUCGCAGCUUCAGCGUGCAUAACUCCUACCCAGCUGUGCCCUACGGGGCUCGGUUUGGCGGAGUGGUGGGGACAUACGGAGCAGGUGGAGCCUAUAAUGUCAACGGAGGCUAUAACAACAUCGGAGGUUACAACAACAUCGGAGGAGGAUAUAACAACAUCGGCGGCGGCUACAGCACCGGCAGCGGCUAUGGCAACUACCUGGGGUCGGGCGGAACAGUGGCCAGCAGCGAAUACUCGAUUAACACAGCCAACAGCGCGCUACGUGCCAAAAACGUGCACGCCUCGGCGCCGACCGGCAGCUACGAGAACAACCGCCUGGGUGACGACUACGGGCCCGACAACUCGAACUUCCAGUACCGGUAUAUGGUAUCCGACCCGCUGACCGGUGACGCCAAGUCGCAGCACGAGACUCGCCGUGGCGACGCGGUGACGGGCGAGUACCGCGUGCUCGAGGCCAACGGUCUGAUGCGCGUCGUCUCGUACACGGCCGACGACGCGCACGGGUUCGUGGCGCACGUGCGCUGGGAGCCGGCUGGGCGGCCGCACGGCCCGGCCGUGUCGCACCAGGAGGUGUCGCAGCAGCACUCUCACUGAAGGACGGCAGGGCUGGGUCUCGGAGAGCGAACAGCGGCGGUGAUCGGGCCCAUCCCACCCCAGGGAAUCGCAGGCUCGGUGCGAAUAAAACUAAUACCUAGUUGAUAGUUUGCAAUCAGCAAGUAUCUGUUAUAUUCUCGGAAAUAUUCAAUUAUAAUGUGGACUAAAUAAAAGACACAUUGCCAAUAGUGAAAAGCUGUGUUAUACCAGUGCAUGAAGAUGAAACUAUGCCCACGCAUACGCCAAAGACGUGCCCUUCGGUCAUGACCGUUAUGACGGGGACGCUACCCGAUCGUUGAUGAAGCUUAUUAAUAUAGCUUAUACAUAUGUAAGUACUUACGACUUGCCUAUGAUUAUACAGAUAUGGUAACCCACUUUACAUAAAUCAAAGGUUUGUUUUUCUUUCAUAUAGUACAUGCAAAUAGUAACGCCUCCCUAUUGCGCCUAGGGAGCUCAAUGGAGCACAAGAAGAUAACACAGCAGCGGUUACGCUCAUUUUACUUCGCAAUAGAAGCGACUGACCAACGACGUUGUGAUGCUCCCGUUACCGACUGUGCUAUGCAAACUACGUCUGUCAAUUAAUUGUAUUUAUUUUUACGAGUAUUAUUGUUUUUGCUGCAACCACCAAUCAUUAGCCGUUUUCACGAUGGCCAUCUGGUUCACAGUUGG